AGGCAGAGAGGGAGAGAACAGAGAGGGAAAAAAAAAAGACAGAAUAAAAAAGAAGAAGAAGAAAAGGAACAAAACCCAAAUAAGCAGCGAUCGAAGGUAACAAACACAGAAAGAGCGAAACUUUCAGACAUUCAAAUCUGAGUGCGAGAGCUAUACGAACAAAGCCCACACACAAAAAAAAAAGAGAUUUGAUCCGACAGCCGAUAGAACACUGGUUUUGUCGGAAGAAGAAAGUUGCAUACUUUUCUUUUUUUUUUGUUUUUUGUUUUUUUUGUCAUUUCUCUGAAUUCUGGUCAAUCUGAGCAAAAAAAAAAAACUUGCUCAAUUUCAAUCUUCAAACACUUGUGUUUCCUGCUUUGGGGUCCCGCUUCUCAUUGCCCGCCUCCUCCUAUCUUCAAUUCGAAUUCGUUGCUCUGUUCUCAAGCUCGAAUCUUUUUUUUUAUUCUCAACUACCAGUGAUCCCGAUUUGCUCCAGCUGAAAUUUUCCGUUUCGUGUACUUGGUGGACGUGUCGUCCUUCUGAGUGAUUGAUUUGGUGGUAACUUUUGAAUUAGGGUUUGUAAUAUCUCCUGAUACUGAAUCAGCCAAGUGUGGAGAAUUUAACCUUGUUGGUGUAAGCUAGAUUGUAAAUGAUGAUCUCUAGGGUUUUGGUUUUGGUUUUGGUUUUGGUUUUGGGGGAGAUGAGAUUUGGCUUUUGCAUUAUAUGGCCUCUACUUGAAGCUUCAGCCAAGUUCUUGAUAUGCUCCUCCUGGCUUUGAGUUUGACAAGUUAUAAUAUAAGUUAAUGAGUUGGAUUUAUUGGUGUAAAAGAUAAAGGGUGCAUCUUGUGCACUCCUCUGACUGUUUCCGUCUGGGUUCAGAAGAAGAAGAAGAAGAAAGAGAAGUAUGCAACGUCCUGAAGGUCCCAGGAUUGAUCUGGCCGCGCUGAAAGGGCAUAUUGUGAAGAAGAUUGGGGUUGAAAGAUCCAGAAGGUACUUUUACUACUUGGGUAGGUUUCUGAGUCAGAAGCUUACUAAGAGCGAGUUUGAUAAGUCAUGUCUCCGUCUUUUGGGGAGGGAGAAUCUUCCUCUGCACAACAAGUUGAUUCACUCCAUCUUGAAGAAUGCAUCUCUCGCUAAAUCCCCACCACCACCACCACCACACAAAUCUUUGGUGCUUGGGAAAGAGGAUGGACCUAAUAGGAAUGAUCAUGUUUGGUCAAAUGGGGUGUUACCUAAGGUUCGGUCUGGAAUGUGUGUGGGGACAAUCAGAGAUAGGCCUAGUCCACUUGGUCCAAACGGAAAGGUUGAAAGUUCUAUGCAUCAUAAACCAGGUCGGUAUUCUGAUGAAAGAGUCCCAUUAGCUCCAGUUAGCAUAGAUGAUGAAGCUCAAGAUGAACGAGGCAGAUUGGUUCUUUCAAAGGGUCCUGUAACGGCACCUCUAGGGGUUUCAUUUUGCGCCGGUGGGGCCCGCAGAACAGUUCCAGUUUCGACCAGGGCUGACUUCACUAGCUGCUACGACAGUGGUGGACUAUCAGACGCAGAGAUGCUGAGAAAGCGGAUGGAGAAUAUAGCAGUAGCACAGGGUCUUGGAGGGGUUUCAGGGGAGUGUUCUAGUAUGUUAAGCAACGUGUUGGACGUGUACCUGAAGAAACUGAUCAAAUCAUGCGUUGAUCUGUCUGGAGCUCGGUCACGACAGAGCCGAGAGGGGAUCUUGAAUGGAGUGUGGCCGAGUAAUAGUUUGCAGAUACAAACUAGCAACCGACCUUCUGACAUGACGCAAGAACAGCAUCAGGUGUCUUUGCUUGAUUUUAGAGUUGCGGUGGAGCUAAAUCCAGCUCAACUUGGCGAAGACUGGCCAUUGCUUCGGGAGAGAAUGCUAUUGCGUUCGUUUGAGGAACGAGAUGGGGUGUGAACUAAAAUGUUUGGCAAGUUGGAUAUUGCAAAUUGUCAGAGUAAUCUUGCCCUGGUCCAAAAAUAUGGUCAAUGGUUUUGGUAGCAAAAGGAUUCCAAAGCGCUGGAUACCAUGAUGGACCUGAUGGCUGAGCGACGCAUCUAUGUCCUGCAGCCACAGACUCGGGCCACUGUAUUUGAAUACGAAAUAUACGUGUUGUUGUAAGGGCAUUAGUAACUUGGCCAUGCCAGCAAGUUUCAAGCUCUGUGUGUAACACGCAGGCUGAUAAGGGAAUCAAGAGAAAGUUUUGGUGGAGAUACUGUGGGAGAAAGAUACAAACAAGCAUGUAAUAAGCUGCAGUAUUACUGUGUAUGUAACAUAGUCUUAUGCUCUUACCAUUGUUCAGAAUUCAUAGCUUAAAAACACAUUGACAUCGCUUUUUACUUUUACAUUUACAUACGUUUUUUGUUUUCUCAUUUCAUUGAAUGUGUUAUUUUUACAGUUCUAAGGCAUUGUAGAAAUAUUGUACUGGUAUUUUCAUCUCUCUUUUCUGUUUCA